AUGCCAAAAGUAAAAAGUAAAAAAAUUGAAAAUGUUCCUAAGGAAAUUACUGACUAUCCUAAAACAGAUUCUAUAUUAUAUACAGAUGGAAAAAGGAGUUAUAAUUACAAAAUUAAGCAAGAAGGUUUAUAUCCUCAACCUCCAAUAUUGGAAUAUACCCAAGGAAAAAACAAAUAUAAAAUUCCAAAUGGAUAUUGUGUGGAAACUACUUGGGGUCGUGGGGAAAAAAAGAAAACUGUAAAGUGCUUUAUUAAUUAUGUAGAAGGAAAGCCACUUUUUAAAAUUAUGUAUGGUAUAAAUUUCUCAGAAGAAGUCCAAUCAAAUAUAUCUUCAACAACAGCAGCAAAUGCAGUUCUGAAGAAACUUUUUCCCUUAAAUGAAAAAUCAUUAAUUUCUGGAGUACAUCUUUUUGGCAUUCAUCUAAUAACAUUAAAGCAAGCUAGAGAAAACAUAAGAAGUACAAAGGAAAAUAAUAUUCAAUUAAUAUCACUUGAACAUUGUAGUAAAUCAACAUUAAAUAAAAGGCAGCAUAAAUUUGGAAAUCAAUUGAAACAACAUGUUCAAGUUGAAGGAUCCAAAAUCUAUGGUAAAGAUCAAGUUGUUCUUAAGCAAAUUUCUUAUAGCAUUAGAGAUAUGGAUUUCCAAAUUGAUUAUGAGGAAAAAAACGAUAUAAAAGAAAAAAAGCUUAUUUCAGCAGUACAAGCUAUUGAUUUAAAUUAUAUUCCUCGUGAAGGUUAUCGAGCAUUAGCUGCAGUAGAAUCUAAUUUACAACGUGAAUGGGCCAUCUCUAAACAAAGACUUAAAUUAACAACAGAAAUGAAUCAGAAAAUACCAAUUACUCUUAUCAAUCUUCCAUUGGAUUUUGAUGAAAAUUCAAACUCUGAAAUAAUUCAAAAUAUCAAAAAAGGUGGAACUCGGAGCGUUAAAGACAUUUUAAAGUAUAUUGUACCCACCCUUAUUUCUAAUGAAAUAUUGGAUAUUAAUAAUCCAAUUAUCCACUUAAGAGUUUCUGGCGAUGGCCGGAAUGUAGGCAGAAAAAUUAAGCAUGUAAUGGUAACCAUAGCAAUUUUGAAUGACAUACAAAAUAUCCAUAAACCUGAACACCACUAUACAACCAUUCUCUUUUCAGGUGUGGAGAAAUAUGAGGUUUUAGAAAUUAUGAUGGCAUCUUUUAUUAAAGAACUAGAUGAAAUAAAAAAAAAUGGGCUAAUGAUUGGCGAAAUUAUAUGGAAUUUUGUACUUUAUUUCAGUUCUGACUGGAAAUUUUUAUCCAUAUGUUUAGGAUUCAAUUCAGCAAAUUCAAAAUUUUUUUGCCCAUGGUGCCAAGUAUCAAAAUAUGACCAAGGUAAUGAUUGGAAAAUAAGUAAGAAAAUGGAAAACAUUCAUGAAUAUCCAGGUCAUAAUAGGAAGCCACUUUUUAAUAUGAUUCCACUGGAUAAUUGGGUACCAGAUGAACUUCAUAUUUUGCUUCGUAUUUGGGAUCGUCUCUAG